CCCGCCUUGGAGAGCUGGCGGCGCGGUGCGCCGGGCGCAGGCACGUAUGUGGGUGUGCGCGGACCCGGCGCCGUGCGGAUUCCCCCAGCCGUUUCGCCGACCGCUGCCCACCUCUUGCGCCCUCAGGACUGAGAAAACCGUUCAACUUUGGCCAGAAUGGAGCAGCCGAAGGGGGUUGAUUGGACGGUCAUCAUCCUGACGUGUCAGUACAAGGACAGCGUUGAGGUCUUCCAGAGAGAGCUGGAAAUACGGCAGAAGCGAGAGCAGAUCCCUGCCGGAACGCUGCUGCUGGUUGUGGAGGACCCUGAGGUUCACGUGGGCAGUGGAGGAGCCACCCUCAAUGCCCUGCUGGUGGCUGCUGAGCACCUGAGCGCCCGUGCAGGCUUCACCGUGGUCACGUCAGAUGUUCUGCACUCAGCCUGGAUCCUCAUCCUGCACAUGGGCCGAGACUUCCCCUUCGAUGACUGUGGCCGGGCCUUCACCUGCCUCCCUGUGGAGAACCCCCAGGCCCCUGUGGAGGCCGUGGUCUGCAACCUGGACUGCCUGCUGGACAUCAUGAGCCAUCGGCUGGGCCCGGGCUCCCCGCCGGGCGUGUGGGUCUGCAGCACGGACAUGCUGCUCUCGGUGCCUCUGGACCCAGGCAUCAGCUGGGAUGGCUUCCGGGGAGCCAGAGGGAUAGCCCUUCCGGGGAGCAUGGCCUACGCCCGGAGCCAUGGUGUCUACCUGACCGACUCCGAGGGCUUCGUUCUGGACAUUUACUACCAGGGCACUGAGGCAGAGAUACAACGAUGCGCCAGGCCUGAUGGGCGGGUGCCGCUGGUGUCCGGGGUUGUCUUCUUCUCUGUGGAAACUGCUGAGUGCCUCCUGGCCACCCACGUGAGCCCGCCUCUGGACGCCUGCACCUACAUGGGCUUGGACUCUGGAGCCCGGCCUGGCCAGCUGUCUCUGUUUUUUGACAUCCUGCUCUGCAUGGCCCGGAACGUGCAAAUGGAGGACUUCCUGGUGGGGCGGCCCCCGGAGAUGGGGCAAGGUGACGCGGACGUCGCGGGCUAUCUGCACGGCGCCCGGGCUGAGCUAUGGAGGCAGCUCCGCGGUCAGCUGCUCACAGUGGCCUAUGUCCCUGAUGGCAGCUACAGCUAUAUGACCAACUCAGCCAGUGAGUUCCUGCACAGUCUCACAUCCCCAGGGGCUCUGGGGGCCCAGGUCAUACACUCCCAGGUGGAGGAGCGGCCGCUGCUGGGGGCCGGGAGCGCUGUGGUCAGCUGCCUGCUGGAGGGCCCCGUGCGGCUGGGCCCCGGGAGUGUCCUGCAGCACUGCCACCUACAGGGCCCCAUUCACAUCGGCACUGGCUGCUUCGUGAGUGGCCUGGACGUGGCCCAGUCCCAGGCGCUGCACGGCGUGGAGCUGCGUGACCUCGUCCUGCGGGGACACCAUGUGCAGCUGCACGGUGCACCCAGCCGGGCCUUCACCCUCGUGGGCCGCCUGGACAGCUGGGAGAGACAGGGGACAGGAACAUAUCUCAACAUGUCUUGGAGUAAAUUCUUCCAGAAGACGGGCAUCCGGGACUGGGACCUGUGGGACCCGGACAUGCCCCCUGCUGAGCGCUGCCUCCUCAGUGCCCGUCUCUUCCCCGUGCUCCACCCCUCGAGGGCCCCGGGGCCCAGGGAUCUGCUGUGGAUGCUGGAUCCCCAGGAGGACGGGGGCCAGGCCCUGCGGGCUUGGCGGGCUUGCUGGCGUCUGUCCUGGGAGCAGCUGCAGCCGUGCCUGGACCGGGGCGCCACGCUGGCCGCCCGCCGGGACCUGUUCUUCCGCCAGGCCCUGCACAAGGCGCGGCACGUGCUGGAGGCCCGGCAGGACCUCAGCCUGCGCCCGCUGACCUGGGCUGCCGUCCACGAGGGCUGUCCUGGGCCCCUGCUGGCCACGCUGGACCAGGUGGCAGCUGGUGCGGAAGACCCUGGUGUGGCCGCCCGCGCCCUGGCCUGUGUGGCAGACGUCCUGGGCUGCAUGGCGGAGGGCCGAGGUGGCUUGCGCAGUGGGCCGGCAGCCAACCCCGAGUGGGUGUCGCCCUUCUCCUUCCUGGAGCGUGGAGACCUGGCGCGGGGCGUGGAGGGGCUCACCCGGGAGCGGGCCAGGUGGCUGAGCAGGCCAGCCUUGCUGGUGCGGGCUGCUCGCCACUACGAGGGGGCCGGACAGCUGCUGAUACGCCGGGCUGUGAUGUCCGCCCAGCGCUUCGUCUGCUCCAUGCCGGUGGAGCUGCCGGCGCCCGGGCAGUGGGUGGUGGCGGAGUGCCCGGCGCGGGUGGACUUCUCUGGGGGCUGGAGUGACACGCCGCCCCUGGCCUACGAGCUCGGUGGGGCCGUGCUGGGCCUGGCUGUGCGAGUGGACGGCCGCCGGCCCAUUGGGGCCAGGGCUCGCCGCAUCCCGGAGCCCGAGCUGCGGCUGGCGGUGGGGUCCCGGCAGGACCAGAUGGCCGUGAAGAUUGUGUGUUGCAACCUGGACGACAUGCGGGGUUACUGCCAGCCCCAGGCCCCAGGGGCGCUGCUGAAGGCAGCCUUCGUCUGCGCGGGCAUCGUCAGUGUCUCCUCCGAGCUCUCGCUGAGGGAGCAGCUGCUACGUGCCUUCGGGGGCGGCUUCGAGCUGCACACCUGGUCUGAGCUGCCCCACGGGUCUGGCCUUGGCACCAGCAGCAUCCUGGCGGGGGCCGCCCUGGCCGCGGUGCAGCGGGCCGCAGGCCGCGUGGUGGGCGCGGAGGCCCUGAUCCACGCAGUCCUGCACCUGGAGCAGGUGCUCACCACAGGAGGUGGCUGGCAGGACCAGGUGGGUGGCCUUAUGCCCGGCAUCAAGGUGGGGCGCUCCCAGGCUCAGCUGCCACUGAAGGUGGAAGUGGAGGAGGUCGCUGUGCCUGAGGGCUUUGUCCAGAAGCUCAAUGACCACCUGCUGCUGGUGUACACUGGGAAGACCCGCCUGGCUCGGAAUCUGCUCCAGGAUGUGCUGAGGAGCUGGUAUGCCCGGCUGCCCGCCGUUGUGCAGAACGCCCGCCGCCUGGUGCAGCAGACCGAGGAGUGUGCAGAAGCCUUCCGCCAAGGGAGUCUGCCUCUGCUGGGCCAGUGCCUGACAUCAUACUGGGAGCAGAAGAAGCUCAUGGCUCCAGGCUGUGAGCCCCUGCUCGUGCGGCUUUUGAUGGAUGUCCUGGCCCCCCACGUGCACGGCCAGAGCCUGGCAGGGGCAGGGGGCGGAGGCUUUCUCUGUCUACUGACCAAGGAGCCGCGGCAGAAGGAGGCUCUGGAGGCCGUGCUGGCCAAGACAGAGGGCCUCGGGAACUACAGCAUCCACCUGGUAGAAGUGGACACUCAGGGCCUGAGCCUGCAGCUGCUGGGGACUGAGACCUCUACCUGAGGCCCCUUCUCUUGAGGCUUGUCCCUCUGCAAGAGGAGAAAGCCUGCAGCUACAGCAGCCCCUGCUGUCCUUCCUCAGGGGAGCGUUCAGUCUUCUCUCCACCCACUUCUCUGUGAAUAUGCUUCCAAAGGAAAGCGACCCAAGCUCUGGCCCGGCCCUUUCUAAAACCUGGUGUAGCACAGACGGUGCUUGGGAACAGGACUGAGACCUCCUGGUUGACAGCGGCCUAGGCUUAGCCUGUGCUCCAUCUGGACCUAGGCAAGUCCCAAGCUAAGCGUCUCCUAUGGCCUUUACAAAUCCAAUGGCCCUGCUUGGGCCUUGGCCUUCUCACUCUCCACCAGGGCCUGAAAGAAGGGAAUGACAACCAGCCUUGGCAGACCGCUGGGGUCCCUUGGUAAGGCCGACCUUGAAGAGGCCUUUGGGGGCAUUUCCUGUGGCCUUCCUUAGAGGUGCAGCUUUUGCCUGGGUAGACUUGCUGUUCAACACUCCCUCCCAGGCUGACUCAAUGGAGGAGUGGGAACAUGUCUGUGGCAGACAGCCAGUGGAGUCCUGCAGCAAGCUGCUGCUGGCUGAGGCCUUAACCAGCAGCGCUGCAGCUCUACCACGUACCUGUGGGUUCUCAGUCUUCCUGAAUAAAUGCACUCUGCAUUCCA